AAGCGUUGAGGCGGCGCCAUUUUGUAAUUUGUUAAUUCAUAGUUCUCUUUUGAAGUACCGUAUGAGUUUUGAAAAUUGAGAAUUUGGACAAUCAGUAAAUAAGAACUACGUAUAAAAAUAUCGUAUUGUGAAAUUGUGGAAAAUGUUUUUAUUGUUCAUAUAAAGAUUGCGUAACAUAGUUUUAGGUGUCACCUGUCAACAUGAGUGUAAUAAUACGCCUCCAGAACCUUCCGUGGUCAGCAAAUGCUCUGGACAUUCGUAACUACUUUCGAGGUCUAUCUAUUCCGGAAGGAGGCGUCCACAUCGUAGGAGGAGAGUUAGGAGAUGCAUUCAUAGCCUUCAGCACCGACGAAGACGCUCGCCAGGCGAUGAUGCUCGAUGGGGGGAAAAUCAAAGAGAUACAAGUGAAGCUCCUGCUGAGCUCGCGCUCCGAGAUGCACAAGGUGAUCGAGACGGCGCGGCAGACCGUGCCCAUCCUAAGCCUCGCCCCGCCCGUCGCCGCGCCCUCGCCCGCGCCCGCCCCCCUCGCCGCGCCCGCGCUGCAGCCCGCGCCGCCCACCAUCUCGCCCUUCUCCGUGCUCACCCCCGGCGGCCUGUCCGGCUUCGGCAUCCCCGGGCUGGGCAACCCCCAGGAAAUACCGCAGCCGGCCGUCAUCGAGCCGCCCCAGCCCCUUCUGAUAAGCCCCAACUCCAGAACUCCCGACGAGGAGGAGAACGACGACAAAUCGGAAACGAAGCGUACCAAAGACCGACGCCGCACCAAAUCUCGAUCUAGGUCCAGAGACCGCGACCGCAAGGAUCGAAAACGGGACCGCCGAGAUAGGUCGCGAUCUAGGGAUAGAAGACGCAGGGAUAGAAGUCGGAGUAGAGAAAGAAGGGACCGGAAACGGGACAGAAAAGAUAGGAGUCGCUCGAGAGAACGGACCCCUAGACGUUCUCGCGAUAAACGUCGAUCGCCCCAAAGCUCGCAGGAGAGGUCGACGGCCGAUAAAGUGAACGACGGUCCGCCACAAACGAGUAUGCACGGGUUUCCUAAUGCAAUGAAUCCGAUGCUCAACAAUGGCCAACCGCAGAUGGGAAUGCUCAAUCAGCCCAUGCUGAGCGGACCGGGCGGACAGAACAGGUUCGCAGAUCCCACGCUAAAGGAAGCUUUUAACAAAUUGCAGGAACUCGGUAAGAAAAGAAAUCCGAACGCCUUCCAGGGCGAUCAGAGCAACGCCGGCGGCCGACCCGGACCCGGACUCGGCAGAGGUGGCAGCAAUAACGCUCGCGGCGGCGGAAAUGCGCGCAGGGACGCUCGACAAUCACGAUUCGACGACCAACCUCGAGACUGUUGCGUGGCAAUAAGAAAUGCUCCCAAUCACACCAGCUACGGCGACGUAAGAAGGUUUUUCCCGUUCAUGAUAGAUAAACACGGUAUCAAAAUGAUUAACGACAAUAUGGGUCGACGAACAGGAAACAUAUAUGUGAGGUUUUGCGAUUCUCGCUCGAAGCAGUUGGCGCUGCAGAGGCAACUCAACGAGCUGAAAGGUGAGAUCGUCACCGUCGAGAGUUUGGACGACGAGCUGUACGAUUCUGCCGUCGACUCGUAUCUCCCGUACCGCGACGACAACGACGACCACGAGCUAAAUUCUGUUGUCGAUCAAGACAAUCGCCGACCCGCUUUUACGUUUAGCGUUCUGAAGCUAGCCGACCUGCCGCAUUUUGUCAAAGAACACGAUAUCGUUAAGGCUUUCAGUGAAUUUUCACUACUGUCGAUCCUGCUCAACGAUUGUCGUCUGACUCGUACUAAGAUCGCAUUCGUUCAGUUCGUGAAGCCCGAGGACGCUCGAAAGGCCUUGGAGCGCAAGGAGAGUUAUCUUUUCGGACGACGCCAGCCCGUCAUAACGCCCGUCACCGACGACGAGUACGAAAACGAGAAGAACGCUAACGAUAAAAUAGAGACUCAAAAUAAUCGUCCAAAGGACAACGAGCCGGCGGUACCCCGGGAUCCCCGGCAGCGGCGACAGAACGACAACGGCCCCGGGCCUCACGUGCAGCAGCAGCAGCAGCCGAUGCUCUUCGCUCCUAACGGUCCGUUCCAGCAAAACUUCAACCCGGGCUUCGGCAACCCGCAGUUCGCCGGCUACCCGAGCGGGAACAUGGACCCGAGGGCGGCCGCGGCCAACUGGGCCAACCAGAACAUGGCCCAGCCGGUCCGAGGUAUGCCCGUCAACAAUUCUCAGGUCAUCAAUUUGGACGCGGACGACGAGCCCCUCGACUGCGUUCUCAUGAAGGGUCUGCCCCGCGAGGCCACCGAUAGAACUAUAUUAGACUUCCUUUCCGAUACCGGGGCGGUUCCCGCUAGAAUUCACCUGAUGCUCGACCCCACCGGCCGGCCCUCCGGGGACUGCUUCUGCGAAUUCCGAACCUCCCAGGACGCGAGACAGGCGGCCACCAAGCACGGGAGCAACUUGGAAGGAAAUCGUAUUACCGUAGAUUUGGUCAUGCGCAGCGUGGUGGAGGAGGCGCUCGAGGGGCCGAAGGAGAUCCGACGAGAGAACGAAGUGUACGGAAACGGCCCCCCGCUCCUUAACACCCCCCCGAUGGUCCCGCAGAUGUUCGACGGGCCCCAGAACUUCACGGGUCGCGGCGGCUUCCGGGGCCGCGGGUUCCAGCGAGGCGGCGUGGAGCGCGGCGGCUACGGCCGGGGGGGCUUCGACCCGAGCCGGGGUGGCUACAGGGGGCGGGGCGGGUGGAACGAGCGCGGGCGAGGCUUCGAUCGCGGCAGGGGGCGGGGCUUCGGUCGGGGCCGGGGCGGCUACGGCGGCGGUGACAGUCGGGAGCCGGCGCGGCCUGACGACGAGGACUCCGCGCUCGAGGACUUCGGCGCGCCGGGCUGCGUGGUGGGCAUGGAGAACGUGCCGUUCCGCGCCGCCGUCGACGACAUCCUGGCCUUCUUCGCCGACUUCAACCUGACGCAGGACGACGUGAUCCGGCGCUACAACGAGCGCGGCCAGCCCACGGGCGACGCGCGCGUGGCCUUCCCCACCCCGAUGCUCGCGCAGCGCGCAGUCAACACCCUCAACAUGAACCAGAUCUUCGAUAGGCGCGUGUCCCUAACGCUGCUCUAGUGCCGGUCCUCGUCCGAAAGCGACAGCUCGCUGGACUAGCUCCAAAAGACAUCCAAAGUGUUAAGCGUUAUACCCACCGUGGUAUUAAGUAGGUAUUCGAGUGUUACUCGCUACGAGGUUAGCGGACUUUAUGAAAUUAUUGCAAUUAAUGAAAGUUUAGGUGUAUUGUAUAGACUAUAGGGUAAUGUAAUAAAAAUAGUUUGUUAAAAUCGGCUAUUUUAUUUACUACGAACUGAGUAACAUUUGUAUAAAAAUAUAUUUCUAAUAAACGACCUACA